AUGCAGUCACAAGACGGGCCGGUCUAUGUGGGCCUCAGUGGUGAAGUUGCCGAUCUGAUUGUGAAUUUCGAGCGAAAGAAUGGAAAACAUGAAAAUGUAAUCGGGUUCGAAACAGCAGUGAAUUGGAGCGAGGCGACGCUCGGGCGGCGCGACCCUGCGCGCGCCGGGCGCCGCGCCGCGCCGCGCGCCCCGCCCGCGCCGCCCGCCAAGACCAAGGAGUGCACCAAGACGGCAUCCUACACGGUAGAAGCCGGGGCGGUGAAGUUUGGCGACUCGCCCGGCAGCCACGCGACACUGCGGCUCCCGCCUCGAGUGAAAGAACUGUCACUGUCAUUAAGUUUCCGAACAUUCGCUCCUGACGGCCUUUUACUGUUAGCUCCGGGUACGAAAACGAAACCUAAGCACUACAUGGCGCUACUGGUGCGCGAAGGCAAGCUGCGACUGUACGUGCGCGGGCGCAGACGGAAGGAGCUCUCUCUCGCUGCCUCGGUGUCGGACGGAGAAUGGCGUGAGGUGACAGUCCGCAUCUCCCGCAACCGCCUGGUCCUGUCGAGUGGUGGCGCGGCGAGCGCUGCGCACGCGCCGCCCGCCGCCCGCGCGCCGCGGCUUUACGUGGGCGGUGUACCGCAACCGCUCAACAACAUACCCAACUCGAUUCUCCGAGUAGGCGGAUUCCUGGGCUGCAUCCGUCGUGUGGUAGUCAACGAUCGGGCUGAGGACCUAGUGAGAAACGCUGCCGCUCACCACAGAGUAGGGCAGUGCUUUCCCAACGUCGAACGAGGCGCUUACUUCGGAGGUGACGCAUACGCACUAUGGUCAAGCGCGUGGCGGCCGGGCGAGAGCGGCGCGGAGGCGGCUGAGAUGCGGUUACGAUUCCGUACCGCUGAACCGUCCGGGCUACUACUCGCCGCUACUAACCUUGUGCUUGAGCUAAAAGAUGGCGCUGUAGUGGUAACCCGCUUGGGCGCCACACCCGCGCUGGCGUCGGCGCUCGGGCCGGGCGGGCGCGCGCUGUGCGACGGCGCGUGGCACGGCGUGCAGCUGCGCGUGGCGCGCGCGCACGUGGCGCUGGCGCUCGACGCCGCGCCCGAGCUGCGCGCCGGCGACGCCACGCUGCUCGACGAGGACACCGCGCCGGCCGCGCCGCUCUACGUGGGGGGGUUGCCAGAAGGCUCCACAGACGGCGUGGAUGCUCAAAACUUUAAGGGCUGCAUAGACGACGUCAGUAUCGGCGGACAGAAGCGCAAGUGGAAAGACAUGGAGGCGUUACACAAUGUGCUGCUAGACUCCUGCCCUGUUACGCAGUGAACCUUAAUGCGGGGGCGUAAGGUUCGGAUUCGUUCGAC